AUGGCUACCGCUAUCUCCAAGCCCGCCUCUCAGCCUCCGAAAAUGAAGCGUCCGCCGCCCUCUUUUCCACAAACGGGGGUCAACGGUAUAAAACAGUCACCUUCCGCAUCCUCCUCUCCGUCCAUUACCUCGAAGCGCCUUCCUGGUGCCAAUCAAUCGUCCUCUGGGAAUCCCGUUGCCGCUCCUAUCGCCAAUGGUGCAAUCGCCCGCCCUGCCAAUCGGCCACGGAAAGAUGUCCAGAAGCCCGGAGACCUUCCAGCCCGGCCGCAAAGGUCUACAACUAGAAACUCCGUUGUGGAGGCAGAUCGUCGAGCGACACAACUUCCCCCAGAGCCAUUUGUCAAAACCACGUCGUAUAUACUUCGAAAGUAUUCGAAGUCGCCGCCUUCUCUAAUUCUCCAUCUUCACCCUACUCACUUUCGCUUUGAUCAACAAGAUGGAAGUUUCCCAUAUAAUUCAGAGAUGAAGGUUAUCAUCGAACAUAUCCGGUCCCAGACUAUUCCUCACGACAUGCUCGAGGAGCUUCUUCGUGCAGGGGUGAAGUUUUAUGAAGUAAAAGUUGUUGAUCACAAGUCGGUCUCAGCUCAGACAAGCAAGGCAGCUGUCACAUCAACUGAUGAGAAAAACACCCCAUUUUCUAUCCAUAAUUACAAUCAACAUGUCACACCGUCGCCAUACGUCCCGUAUCCAAAGCAGAAUCAGAUCAAAUCUGAGAAUGUUGACUUGCUCAAAACGGAUGCUCCUGAAAAGAAAUUGAACGCAGAUGUACCUGAAGGUUCUAGCAAUGGAACGAAUACCGCUGAAAAUGCUUUGAAUUCAGCCAAUAACGGUUCUGACAAGCAGUUUGCACCCAAACCUAAAGUUUUCACCACAGUGCUCCACCCAACACCACUUUCUAUACAGGCGGAGCUUACGUUUUUAUCUACCACACCGCAUCCACAUGCUAAUGGUAAUUCGGCUGCGAAUAAGAAGCAGGCCCCUUCUACGCAGUCACAAACGAAGACUCCAACCUCGUUAUCCACGGCGGGACCGCCUCCACCCAAGAGACAGAAGAUGCUAGUCGAGCCGGAGGAUCUCCCUAAGUUUGAAGCUACAUUAAUCAGAGCUGUAGCUCCCCCGGUGUAUUUAGACCCAGUGGAUAGCCUUGAGUCGGCACAGCAGCUUCUGCAUUUCAUGGAAAGUCCGCUACAUUGCGCCAAACCACCUUCGCCCAAGAGGAGGAAACGUACAGUGGCAGAGCUGGCUGCAGACGAAGCACUUGCUGCCGAAGAAGAACGAUUCAUGCUUAUCAUGGAUGAACGACUCGAACCUGCUACAUCAGGUGCAGUUGCUGGCGCUAAGGUUGCCGUUGAUGAUACCGCAGGCGCAGUACCGUUUGAACCACGCUUUUCUAGAUUCAAGACAAUUGAAAACAUUCGCAUUCAACAUGAAGAGAAGGCGAAACGGGAACACGAAAGGAAGCUCCAACAGGAGCAGGCCAAGAGGCAACAACAAGAACAGGAACGAGAGAGACGCCGUCUUUUGGAGCAAAGACAAGCAGAAGAACAUGCCAAAGAAGAACGGCGCCAACAAGCGGUUGCCCAACACGCACAAAUACAAGCUCAGGUACAGGCUCAAGCUCAAGCUCAGUUGGCCGCUCAACAACAGCAAAGAUUGCCCAAUGGCCUUUCUCAAGUGUCACAAGGUCAGAUGUCAUCUCCUGUAGUACGGAACCAGACUCCACAUAAUGCCUCUUCUCCGGUGGUUGGGAAUGGCAUGGGUACUCAAGGUGGCGUUUCAAUGAGCAUGACAGCGUCUGCCCAAGCGGCUGGUAGUCCACCUAGACCUCCUUCAACCAUGCAACACGCCCACCCAGGAAUGAUAGGCCAUCCAAUGGCGCCUUCAAGGAGCCAACAAAGCCAGAGCCGAAAUGGCACUCCUCAAAUGACUCAAGGAACCCCAGCAAUGUCGCAUGCUACUCCUGUCAUGCGCAAUGUUACUCCUACACAACGCAUAGGUCACGGUAGUCCGCCAAACACGUCUCUAGCACAAACACCUGUCAUAGGCCAAACCAUUAUGGGUACACCGCAGAUGGGAACCGGGCUUGGUCUAACGCCUCAGCAACAGCAGCAGCUACUUCUUCAUCAACGUCAGCAGCAAUUAAUGGCGCAACAACAGGGUCUAACACCGCAUCAGUUUGCGCAGUUACAUGCCCAACAAAACAUUCAAAACCAUCAGCAACAGCUGCUGCAUCAACAACAACAAGCACAGCAAAAUCAGCACCCUCAACAACAGCAAAUCCAGCAAAUACAAUCCCAUCAAGCCUACCAAGCCCAACUUUUGCGGAAUCAAAUGGCGCAAAUGCACAUGGCGCAGCAGAAACAGAACCAGCAAGGCACUAUACAAAUGACACCGCAGCAGCAACAACAGCAGCAGAUUCUUUUGGCGGCCGCUCAGGCAAACGGAGGCCAGCUUCCGCAAAACCCUCAAAAUAUACAGGCGAACAAUCGAUAUACGCAAAUGUAUCAGCAGCGGUUAACUGCUUUGCGACAAGACAUGUCAAAACGAUUACUUCAGCAAUACGGACCACCUCAGCAAUAUCCACCACAUAUCGCUCAGCAGUAUGGAAAUGGCUUAGAGAAAAGUGCAAAACAAUGGGUUGUGGAGAUGAUGAAGCGAGAACGUGAAAUGAUGCAACAGCGGGCUGCCCUUCAACAGCAACAACACCAACAAAUGAUGGCUAAUGGGAUGGGCAAAUAG